AUGAUCAAAAUUGUUGAAGCAGAGAAGCUUUUCCAUAAGAUCGCGACGGUGACUGUGUCUCAAAAUGUAAAUUACACAAAUGUCCAAGCUGAGAUUGCUAGUAGGCUUGACUUGACGUUUGCUGACAAGGACCCCAUGCUGGAAAGGGCGCAAAAACUCCUUAACAGGAUAAACAAAAGCCCUGGAGUCUUGAUAGUGCUUGAUGAUGUUUGGACGGGGCUAGAUCUUGAUUCCAAUGGAAAUGGUAGCACUUGCAAAGUCAUAUUCACAUCAAGGAAUGAAGGAGAGUGCUCCAAGAUGGGGAGUCAAAAAACUUUCACAGUUAACGCCUUGUCCAAGGAAGACUCAUGGGCUUUAUUUAAGGAGCUAGUAGGUGGCGAUGUUGUGAUCAAAUCUGAAAUUCAUCACAUUGCAGAAGAUAUUCCCAAGCAGUGUGGUGGAUUACCCAUUGCUAUUAUGACUGUUGGAAAAGCACUUCGUGGGAAAAGGGACAAGUAUGUUUGGGAGAGUGCACUUAAAGAUUUAAGAACAUCAUCGGCAUCUUUCUCAAAAGUGGAGAAGUGUAUCGAGCUGAGGUACACGCUGUUGGAUAAACGGAAUGCAAAGGAUCUCCUUUUUCGGUGUUACUCAUUUCCUGAAGACACUGAUAUUCCUAUUGAGGCUCUUUUGAGGGAAGGAUGGGGUCUUGGAACAUUGUUUCAAGACAAAUAUUUCAUUGUAUGA